GACAGUAUCUACUCAUACGUAGGAACCUUAGGAAUCAGGUAGGUAGGCAGCUUCGGAAACCGCCGCUGAUUUCCUGAGGCAUAUACCCAUCUCUCCAGGUCGAACCAGGAUGGCGGCCCUCCGCCUUGGCAACUUGGUGACCCGCCUCCGCGUCGCCCGCGUUCUGCCUCUGCCCCGCGGCCCUGCGCCCUACCGUGCCUUCGCUGCGACCCCGUCCCCACCCAAGGCCGCAGAGCCGAAGGUCAGCGCCGCCGCCGAAGCCCCCGCAACCAGCAGCGGGGGCGAGGCGCUGAAAGGGCCGCAGGGCCCCGGCAAGCCGCAGCCCAAGAUCCACAACCAGAGCGUGCCCGGUGUCAUGCCCGGCCUCACCGAGGCGCAGAAGCGCGAGGUGGAGCAGCACAACCGCGAGUUCGAGCAGCGCCACGACCGCGCGUCCCCCGCCGAGGACGACAAGGUCGACAAGAAGUUCUGGCAAGGCGCGUGAGUAAUAGCUCGCGCCGUCGCCUCCUUACUCGUCUUUACCCGUUUCGCAAUU